AUGUUCGUCCAUUGGAUUUUCCUGAUCUCCAGCGCCACCCUGAUCUCCUCCACACGGAUUCCGGAACGCAUCGUGGGAGUUUCUGUAUGGGAAAAUCUCGGCACCAAGGGGGAUUACCCUAACAUUCUACAAGAGACCAAGCUGUUUAUAGUGGAUCGGUGUGCUUGCCAGAAAUCCUUUUGCACAAAAAUCUACACAAAUUCGAUCUGUGCCGGUGCCCCGAAAACAGAUGCUAGUGGCAAGCUGGUUGGUCUCACUUCGUUCGGAAUGCCUUGUGAAAAUCUAAAAGACCCUGGAGUCUAUGCUAAUGUGGCUGAGCUCAAGCCUUGGAUCUUAAAGACUAUUCAAAGCCUUUGA